ACCGAGUACAGUUUACCAAAUACGAAAAAGAGUAUUUGCUGAUUGAACAAGGCAUUCAGGAUUUGUGUCUGGUAAACUGGGACUAACGAUAUCAGAAAAAUAAAGAAAAAAUGGGGCGUUUUUUAGCUUCCUCUUUAAGUUCACUGUGGAAAAGCUUUCCUAGGAGUUACUGUGUAGGACAAGCAAGUAAGAGUAACCUGAGUCAGCUACGUAAAAAGACAGGGGUACCACUGAAGAACUGCAGAGAAGCACUAGAAAAAUUCAAUAAUAAUUUAGAGGAGGCAGAAAAAUGGUUGUUAGAAGAAGCACAGAAACAGGGCUGGGCCCGGGCCGACAAGCUUCAGUCACGGUCCAUGUCACAAGGCCUGGUCGGGCUCAUACAAUCCAGAACGGGGGCCACCAUGAUUGAGGUGAAUUGUGAGACAGAUUUUGUAGCAAGAAAUGAGAAAUUUAAAGACUUGGUGUACCACCUAACAGUCGCCUGUCACAGCAACCUUAAAAAUGAUGCAAAUAAAAUAUUAUUAAAACAAGAUGAAUUAAAUAGCUUACCCAGUGAGGAUAAAAAGCUCUCUGAUAUUGUUGCGCUGGAAGUUGGUGCCAUUGGUGAGAAUAUGAGACUAAGAAGAGCAGUUUUCUUUCCCAAUUCAGAGGGGCAGUAUGUCAACUCUUAUGUUCACAAUUCUGAUAAGAAAGUGGUCAUUAAGGACUGUCACUUGGGAAGAUAUGGAGUAAUACUGAGUGUACAACAAGCUGCAGGCACAGAAACAAGGGAGUCUUUGACAGACAUUACAACAGAUCUUGCUGUGAGAGGACAGAUUACAUCUCCCUUUUCAACCAAGGAGCAAACGGAACUACUGUUCCAUACUUCUACUCAGCCUAUGAAGAAGGGUGAAACACUUGGACACAGGAGUUUUCACACCACAUCAUUAGGAAUGGAUGACAAGCUAACUCACCUUGAUUCCAGUGGGAAGGCAAAAAUGGUCGAUGUGGGAGAUAAAGCAGAAACCGUGAGAACUGCUGUAGCCUGUGCCUCCAUCUCUCUGGGAAAGAAGGCCUUUACUUUGGUAGAAGCAAACAAAACAAAGAAGGGCGAUGUCCUCUCUGUUGCUCAGUUAGCAGGAAUAAUGGCUGCCAAAAGGACAAGUGAGCUCAUCCCUCUUUGUCACAACAUUGGACUGAGUAAAGUGUCAGUUGAUCUGAGUUUACAGGGGGAUUCUUACUCUGUGUAUAUUGAAUGUGAGGCAAGAACAGUGGGGAGGACGGGGGUGGAAAUGGAGGCCCUCACUGGGGCCUCUGUGGCAGCCAUUACUGUGUAUGACAUGUGUAAAGCAGUCAACAAGGAGAUGGUCAUUUCUGACAUCAGGCUCCUCAGUAAAACAGGGGGUAAAAGUGGGGAAUACAAGUUUGAGCCUGAAUAGGUUGUAGUUGUAUGCCUAGAUUGAAGAUGUGAUUAAGAUAUCUCUUGUGAUGGCACACUUAAAAAAUUUCAACCAUGUUCUGCAAAAUCAGAAUUUUCAGGUCCUCUCUCGGCUAAUAUCUCUUCAAUUCUGUUAUGUGACAAAACUUAGCUCUGUAAUCCACCUCAAAAUAUUAGUUGCUCUUUGAACAGACAAGAUUUAGUUGUAAUCAUUGUUGUUUAAAUUUCUUAAAGGACAUGGAAAACAAAAUAUUUUAUAAUCAAGCUCAAAGUCAAAGUGCAUUCUCACAAAAAAAAAGUUGUAAGUUGUAUAAUAAAUAAAAGUUGGUAAAAAAAAUUACCAAAACAUCGGAAAAAAACAAAGAACAGAUGGCUUCUUGUCAAGUUGAUUAUUUUAAUGCUGCAUC